AUGUCUAAUAAGCCGUACUUGGAUAAAGAUGCCAUAUUGAAUGCGUCUGAAUUGGUUAACUCAACCCUAACCUCGAAGGGUUAUAUAACAGAAAAGUUGUUGUUUAACACCAUAAACACUAAAGAGCUACACCCAGAGAGCGAACAGGAAGAUGUAGUAAUAACAGAAAAAGUUUAUAAUAAUGAUAAAAAUGUAAUUAAUAUAAUAUACUCUCUAAUUCAAUCGAUAGAAAGAAACUCUGUUCAGAAUAAAACGUUUAAUAAGAUAGUUUCUCAAAAGGAUACCCAAAUAGAAUCUUUACGUAGACAAGUGGAAGUUUUACAAAACAAAUUGAAUACCACUGAAAGUAAGAUUUCGAAAUUUGAGAACAAUGAGAAGGUCCAACUAGAAGGUAAAAUUCAUGAAUUGAAUAUUACGAAUAAAAAUUUGACCCUAGAUUGUAAUAAAUUGAAAAACUGGGGCAACGAUUUGAGAAACCAUUUCCAGAUUCGAAUCAAGAAGAAAAAUAUCGAAAUUGAUCAGUUGAAGGAUAAGCUAAUAGAAAAGUCCUUGACUAGAAACAUUAAUAGUAGUGGUGGUAGUAUUAAUGAACUAAAUCAGACGAUUAUUUAUAACAAUAAUCCAACAAUCAAUAAUGCCGUUGUAUAUGAUAAUAGCAUAGAUUUGCAGCAACUGGUACUUCUGCAGCAUUUAAAUGAGCCACUUAAAUUGGAGUAUGAAUCACUAAUGAUAGAUUUGAGUAAAUUGAUCGAUAAUUUGAUACUAGAAAACUUUAAAUUUUCUAAGUUUAUUCAGUUAAUAACAACUUAUUAUUCCGAUUUGAAUUUGCAAAUAUCUUCAUUUAACAGGAAUAAAAGUGAGAUGCAAAUUCCGAAUCCUUCUUCUGUGAUUGAUUUAGACAGCUUGAAGAGGGAUAAUAUAGUUAACAGCAUUAGCAGUCGAGGUGGAAACGGUGGAGCCAAUGUAUCCGAUCUUGUAAAUGAACUAGAAUCAUUUGAAGUGAUUUCCAAGCCAUUGCUAACAAAUGUGUAUAAGAAUUACCAUUAUCUUCUAGAUUUAGUGGAACAUAUAAAACAGAGUCAGGUAGAAGACCCCAAACAAAUAAGCAAGUUAAGGAAUGAGUUGGAAAUUGUCAGGAAAAAUUGGCAAGAUGCAAUCACAACGUUGGACGAUUGGAAGACCUAUAACAACAAAGGAGAUUGA